CAGGAAUGCCCGGUCCGGCGGGAGGGCGGCAGGAAGCGGCGAGCGCUGCAGGUAGGAGCGGGGUUAGGGUGGGGGUCCCUGUGCUGUAGGACCACCAGGUGCUGCUCCCAUCUCCCCCAUCCCGGCUCUUUUCUUCCCAUCUUCCUCCCGGCUCCUCUUCUUCCUCCUCUGCUGCCAACGCCCCGUAGCCACAGGAAUCCCAGUUCUACGGCACCGGCACCCAGCCAGCCCUCACCUGCAGCCCAUGGGACCCCAUCCCUACAGCCUUGGUGACCCUCUACCCCCAUUCCAUAACCCUGGUGGCCCUGGGAGCUCUGCCCUAUAGCGCCGGUGGCCUUGGGAUCCCACCCUUUCUUCCCAGUGGCCCUGGGAUCCUAUCCCUUUAACCCUGGUGGCCCUCAGACCCCAUCCCUUAAAACCAAUAGCCCCAGGAACGUUGUCCCAUAACUGUAGUGGCCACUGGAACCAAUCCUUGUCUCUGUUGGCCCUAUGGGAUACAGUGUGGUGACCCCCAUCUCCCUGCUCCGCAGCCCUGGCACCUGAACCCCGGUGUCCCUGCUACCCCCACCCCAUAGCCCCAAGGCCCUCCCUUUGUCCCAGACCCCAGGGAUACUCCAUGUCCCCAUUGCUGUCACCACCCUGCCACAGCCACUGGGUCGGGGUAACCUGAGGCCAUGGUGAGGGGCUGGUGGAAGUGGGGCUCUGUGGGGUCCCCAUCCACACCCUACCCACCCCCAACACCUUUGUUAUCCCUACAUCUCCCCUUUGAGAACUAGGCAGGGACACCAAGAGCUGGCAGGGUUUGGGGAUGAGGGGAGAGAGCAGUGGGAUGGGGCUGAGGCUGGGAUAAUGAUGGGGAUGGGACAGGGAUGGGGAUGGUGGUGGCCCUGUCCAUCUCAGUGCCACGGUGCUGUGGCACCAUGCGGGCAGGGCCCCGGUGCCCACCCGGCCGUGGACUUGGAUCUCACAACAUCGCCAUCGGGAAGUGGGGAUGGAGCGGCCGCGGGUGAAUGAUUAACCCCGAGUGCCACCAGCACAGCACGGUGCCACACACGCGUGUGUUACGUGUGCCGCGUGCCAGGCGGUCGCACUGCCGCACCGGGCUUUGCUUGCUUCUGCUUGUCCUGGGCAGCGUGUGCCGCGCCAUGCCAGGCCAUGCCAAUCCACACUGAGCCACGCCAGGUCAUGCCGAUCUGUGCCGAGCCACGCAGGGUCCCCUGGAGCACCGCCGUGUCCCCGUGUCCCCUCGUGUGUGGGUGCCGGCAGCGGGCAUGGAGCCAUGGGCGAGGGCGGCACGGCGCGGCGGGGGGCCGUUCCCACGGCGGUCUCCGUCUCCUCGCCCCCGGCCCCGGCGCGGCACGGAUGCCAGCACGGUGAGGUGGAGCUGGGAGCGGCCUCCAGAACUGGUUUGGCCGGACCCGAGGAGGUGGCUGGGCUGGGCCAUACCGCGCUGUGAUGACGGUUCUGCCGGCGCGGCGCUCACGGCGCGGCUCAUCCCGGCACAACAUGGCACAGUUCAUCCCGGCACAACACGGCGCAGCCCAGCUUGGCACAUCCCAGCUUGGCCCACUUCAGCCCGGCAUGUCUCAGCCCAGCCCGGUUCAGCCCGCUUGGCUGGUUUCAGCCCAGUUUGCCCCAUUUUGGCUCUGUUCAGCCUUCUCACCCACCGCCUUGGCACCACCGAUCUCCCACUGGUGAUGCUGGAGCACUGGAGCGCUUCCCACACGGGAAAUGGAGGCGUGAGAGAUUCUCCAUUGUCUCAUAUGGAGCUGCGUUCUCCACUGCAGUGCCAAAUCUUUGGGCUGAGGAUGGCAGUACCGGCAGCACGCAGCCCCCUGGGGGUGGGCAGGAGCCAGGGGUGCCGGGGGGGCAGGUGGAGCAGUGCUGAGUCACCCCCACACUGACUCACAAAUCAUUCAUCUGAGCAUCAGUGAAACCCCACUGGGGCGCUGCUGGGUGAGAUCCAGCUGCAGCCCCCAUUCUCUGCCUUUCAGAUGAUGCCAUGGACGGGGGGGCCCAGCAGAGCUGCGUCCGGGACCCCCCCGGGGUGGGCAGCGUGGAGCAGGAGGGGGACGUGGGCGAGGGGCCGCCUGCCACCGAUCUGCGCCGCUCGCAGCCCCUCUUCAUCCACAGCACCAGCCGGCCGCUGUCAGAGGAGGAGCCACGCGCCUCAUCACUGCCCAACAUCCCCAAUCCCUUCCCUGAGCUCUGCAGCCCUUCCAACUCGCCAAUCCUCAACAGCCCCCCCGGCGGGCAGGGACCCCCUCGUGAAGGCGCCUGCCACAUGGUGAAGGUGUUCAGCGAGGACGGGUCGUGCCGCUCACUGGAGGUGUCAGCAGGCACAACAGCACGGCAGCUCUGUGAGAUGCUGGUGCAGAGGACGCACGCGCUGCAUGACCACAGCUGGGCCCUGGUGGAGCUGCACCAGCACCUGGCACUGGAGCGCUGCCUGGAGGACCACGAGUCGGUGGUGGAGGUGCAGAGCGCGUGGCCCCUCGGUGCUGACAGCCGCUUCGUCUUCCGCAAGAACUUCGCCAAGUAUGAGCUCUUCAAGAGCACCCCGCAGUCCCUCUUCCCUGAGGUGAUGGUGUCCAGUUGUCUGGAGGCAAAUAAGAGCAUGGCGCACUCGGAGCUCAUCCAGAACUUCCUGAACUCUGGGAGCUGCCCCGAGGUGCAGGGCUUCCUGCAGCUGCGUGAGGCCAGUCGCAAGGUCUGGAAGCGUUUCUACUUCUCCCUGCGCCGCUCGGGGCUCUACUACUCCACUAAGGGCACGUCCAAGGACCCCCGGCACCUGCAGUACUUCGCUGACCUCACCGAGUCCAACAUCUACUACGUGACACAGGGCAAGAAGCACUAUGGGACACCCACCGAAUUUGGGUUCUGCAUCAAGCCCUACAAGGUGCGCAGUGGGGUGAAGGGCCUGAAGCUGCUCUGCAGUGAGGAUGAGCAGAGUCGGACCUGCUGGAUGGCAGCAUUUCGCCUCUUCAAGUAUGGCAUGCAGCUCUACCGCAACUACCAGCAAGCACAAGCACGCCUGAGCCAGCACCCCUGGAUCACCCCCACGCCACUGGUGAGUGCCCCCCACCCCCUCCGGAGCGUGUCAGACAGCGCGCUGGUGGCCAUGGACUUCUCAGGGUGCACAGGGCGGGUGAUUGAGAACCCCAGCGAGGUGCUGACAGCAGUGCUGGAGGAGGCUCAGGCCUGGAGGAAGAAGACAACACACCGGUACAGCCUGCCUGCCGCCUGCCAGAGCUCCCCACUCAGUGCUGCCAUCCACCGCACCCAGCCGUGGUUCCACGGGCGCAUCUCGCGGGAGGACACCCAGCAGCUCAUCGGCCGCCAGGGGCUGGUGGAUGGCGUGUUCCUGGUGCGGGAGAGCCAGCGCAACCCCAAGGGCUUCGUGCUGUCCCUGUGCCACCUGCAGAAAGUCAAGCACUAUCUCAUCCUGCCAAGCGAGGAGGAGGGACGGCUCUACUUCACCAUGGAUGACGGACAGACCCGCUUUGCUGACCUCAUCCAGCUCGUGGAGUUCCACCAGAUCAACCGUGGCAUCCUGCCCUGCAAGCUGCGGCACUACUGCACCUGCGUGGCCCUAUGAGCCUGGCGCUGCCGGCACGGCUUGGCACAGCUCAGCAUGGCAUUGCCGGCAGAAAUUGGCACAGCUUGGCACGGCAUUGCUGGCAUAGGUUGGCACAGCUCAGUGCCAUGCAGCAGCACUGGCACAGCUCGACACAGCCAGCACGGCACAGCACAGCCCUGCCACCACACAAGGGCACCAUCGCAGCAGUGAGCGCAGGGACGAGAGGGGCUCACCCCACACCCUGCUGCUGUGGCCCCUCACACUCUUGCACUUUGUCCCCCCCAGCACCAGUCCCUCCAUUCUCACGGGGUCAUGGCUGCAGACCCCUCACCCCCAACUCCAGGGGGCUCGUGGAGAUGCUCUCCUCCCCAUCAGGAGGAUGCGAGGCUUGGGGUCCCCACCACACCUCCCCAUGCCCCCCCAAGGCCAGUUGA